AAAUAUAGCAGCUAGCUAGGAUCAAUUGACACACAGCACAGCGGUGAUUAUCUGCCCGAGAGAAUAACAUUGACUGAACUGUCUUUUAAAAUGUCAGAAUCAUACGACUUUCUGUUCAAGUUCCUGGUCAUCGGGAGUGCAGGAACAGGGAAAUCAUGCAUUCUUCACCAAUUCAUUGAAAGCAAAUUUAAACAAGACUCAAAUCACACAAUAGGAGUUGAAUUUGGCUCAAAGAUCAUCAAUGCUGGAGGAAAAUCAGUCAAGUUACAAAUCUGGGACACAGCAGGUCAAGAAAGAUUUAGGUCAGUAACAAGGAGUUACUACAGAGGUGCAGCUGGGGCUUUACUUGUCUAUGACAUCACAAGUCGGGAGACAUAUAAUGCUCUGACAAAAUGGCUGACAGAUGCAAGGACGUUGGCCAGUCCUAACAUUGUCAUCAUCCUCUGUGGCAAUAAGAAAGACUUGGAUGCAGAUAGGGAGGUGACGUUCCUAGAGGCCAGUAGAUUUGCACAAGAAAACGAGAUGAUGUUCUUGGAAACAAGUGCGUUGACAGGAGAGAAUGUAGAAGAAGCUUUCUUAAAAUGUGCCAGAUCAAUACUUAACAAGAUUGAAUUAGGUGAGUUAGAUCCUGAAAGGAUGGGAUCGGGUAUCCAAUACGGUGAUUCCACACUCAGGAAAGUCACCAGACCGCCGGUCAGGAGUACGCAACAAUGCUCAUGCUGAGGAAUCCAACCUGUCAUUAUCGUCAUCAUUCGCUUCAUCCCAGACCCAUCAGCCGUGUGAAUCAUGUACGCCCCUUGAUGCCGACUGGUCCAUAUCUGACAGGUCCACAUUUGACCACUUCAUUUCUGACCGGUCCAUACCUGACCGGUUCAUACCUCUUGACAUCCUUUCCUUCCUGCUGAAGUUUGCAUUUUCAGAUCAAGCACCCGGUACAGAGUAUAUCGUGAAAGUCAUUAUUAUUAUUUUUUUUUGCUGUAUUUGAUAAACCAAUCAAAAUGUGGUUAUAAGCUGCUGUCGAAAGCUAUUGAAAUUGUGACAUUUGAAUGUCUGAAAGCAAAUUUGCUAUUUUCCAGUAAUAUUCAAGGAAAAAAUAUUGCAUUGAUAUUCAAUUAAAAACAUCUCAGUGUUUCAGUUACAUAUAUGCAAUGCAUGUUCACCAUAUGAAUAACCACUGCAAGCAGAGUAGGAGGUAUAUUUUAUUGAUGAAAGAGUCUUAUUGCACAAAAUUUCUGUUGAUUAAUGCAUCCUGUAUUUUUAGAUAUGAAUCUACUCAGAUAUUUUUUGCAAGUUCUUGGAAACUGACUUAUUAUUUUUGUUUUAUUUGUUUAUUUAUUUUUUUUAGUAAUACAUUUUUUUUUUGGGGGGGGGCAGGAGAGGGGUGGGGGAAUAGAAAUUAUAGCAUAUUAUGUGUAGUUGAAAUGGUACAAAUACAGGUCAGAAAUGUUUUGCCAGAUUAUCGUCUGAACUUUGACUUACAUGUACAAUCUUUUUGCAAUAACUUAUGUAUAUAUACAUCACAAUAACAGGAGCUUACUUAUAGUCUAAGUGUGUUGGAUUAAUGAGGAAUUGGUCUCAGUGGAUAAUACUGUUAUGCUUUAUGAUAAUUACUCUUUUCAUGGAAGAGAAAAAGUCUCAAUUAAUCCUUCAUGUACAGUAUGUACUCUGUUAAUAAUUGAAACAAAGAUCCAAGAUGUGAUCUUUGAUAAUGACCAUAGGGAGACUAUCGAAACUGCAUUGUUGAUGGUACAAAAUGACAUGACAUUGUUUUUGUUGGUUUUAAUAUUUUCACAUAUCUUUCCCCUUCAUGUGUGGCCAUGCAUAAGUUCUUAUAAUACACAUUAUAUCUUGCCUGUAAAUAAAUGUUGAAGAAAAGUACUCUUACUGAAAGUUUUGACAAUACAAGCAUGACAUCACAUUGUUUUUUAUUUUCUUAACAUUAAUUUAUUGUGAUAGAUAGUUAGAUAUGAUCUAAAGAUCCCACACUACAUGGAGUUGAACUGAUGAAAACUGUCAAAUAGCCUGGUUUACAAUAUGUUAGCUCUAUCAAUGUUCGUCAUUGGUGAGAAUAGUUUUAUCAUGAAUUAUUCUGUAUGAAUUCAAUAAAUUAGGAAGGCAAUUUUAGAAAAGUUGGUGCCAACUUAUGAGGCAACCAUUCCUGUAAUGCUUGUUUUAUUUUUAAUGAACACUGCUUAUAUUGUAUGCUUUUAAAGUGUAUUCCUAGUAUUCCAAGAUCCUACAUUUUCAUUAUCGUACCAAAUAUAUCUUUGAAUCCAGAUAGAGGCUUUAUCACAAAUUAUAGUUAUUUUAUAGCAAAAUUGCAGAUAAUGGAUUAACUUAUGAUUAUUGUAAAUACUACUAUCAGAUCAUGUAGAUUUAUAUAUGCAUGUCACAUAACAAGCAUAUAUCUUUAAUUGUGGUAAUAUGAUUAUUCUCUGUAUGAUAUAAUUUGUGCGCCUUUAUGCCUGUUUUCAUGUCAUGUACAAAUAAUCGGUAUCAUCUAGGAAAUUUUAUUUCACAAAGUAAUUAAUGAAUAUCGUUCAUGUCUAGUUCAAUUAUGACAUUUUUUUCAUCCUCUACAUGUAUUUCAUGAAAUAGUUGUAUAUCAAUUGGAUAUUGAAGUGUUUUUCUUUUAAUAUCAAUUCAUUAAUGUACUACCGGUAAUUUUGUGCAUUUACUUUACUACUGUACUACAAAAGACCUCUGAAAUUGGGUUGUCAUUACACUUGAUACAAAAUUUAAUUUUGAAUGAACAAACAUGGGAAUAUAGUCCACAUAUAUUUGAAAUGUUUAAACCCUUAAACUUGAUAAGAAUGUUAAAAUGCACGAGGGCGAUUCCAUAAAAUAUAUACGUCCAACUCUCUUUAUGUGGGACCUUCAUGAAAUUGUCUCUGAUUUCUUGUUCUUUUGACAGUCUGUAACAUUCUCAAAGGACCAUUACUUGGUCAGUUAAUAAAGUGAAAUAAGACUUGAGAAAAAUUUGGGGGGGGCAGACAUACUAAAAGGUUGAUCAUUUUAUGGAAUUGCUCAUGAGAUCCUAUUAUAUACAAGAUUUACACGUACUUUUUUUCCAGACUAUGUUCAAUGAAAAUUGCCAGUGUAAGUCCAUGUAUCAGUGCAAAGUUCUUCUAUUUCCUAUAAUUCAUCUCACACUCUAUUAACCUCUGGUGAAUCUGGAUGUUAUGUAAGAUUGCCCAUUACAAUAAUAAUAGGCAUAUACUAUGUAGUGCCAUCCAUCUAGAUAUGAUAUAUUCCAAGGCGCGUUGUUAUUAGUUCUGGCUCGAAUUGCCACUUUCAGCACUCGGUGCAUUCAAGGAAUUAAUCUUGCUAGGUACCAAUUCACCUCACCUGGGUUGAGUGCACCACAACGUGGGUACAUUUCUUGCUAUAUGGAUGAAUUUUUUGCUGAAGGAAGCAUGCCGUGGUUGGGAUUCAAACACAUGACCCUCUGAUCGACAUACAGGAGUCAGAAUGACUAGACCAUGA